AUGUCAUCCUCCGUUCAUUUCAAAUUCAAGUCUCAAAAGGAGCCCUCGCGGGUCACUUUUGAUGGCACUGGUAUAUCUGUCUUCGAGCUGAAGCGUGAAAUCAUCAGCCAGAGUAGAUUGGGCGACGGGUCCGACUUUGAGUUGUCCAUCUACAACGAGGAUACAGGAGAAGAAUAUGACGAUGAUACGACUAUCAUACCCCGCUCCACGUCAGUGGUAGCUCGUCGCCUGCCUGCAGCACGUCCAGGAAAAGGUGGCGCUGCUCGAUACGUGUCGGGCAAGAUGCCAGUGAAUGCGCGCAAUGCCUCUCGCACCGAACCUCCCCUCAAUCGUGCUGCACCUGGAGCCCAGUCCGUCAACAGCAAUGUCUUAGAACUCAAUAAUGCGCAGACAGAAGAAGAAAAGAUAAAUGCUCUCUUCAAUCUACAGGCUAGUCAAUGGCAAGAACAGCAGCAGGAGAUGGCCAACGCCACCCCGAUACAAUUUGGUCGUGGUCGUGGAAAACCGAUCAAUGUCCCUGAUCACCCUCCGCCUCCUGGGUACCUGUGCUAUCGGUGCAGAGAAAAAGGCCAUUGGAUUCAGGCAUGCCCCACAAACAACGACCCGAAGUUCGACGGCAAGUAUCGUGUGAAACGAUCCACUGGGAUUCCAAGAUCCCUCCAAACUAAGGUUGAGAAGCCGGAAUCGCUGGCACCCGAUGGAUCCAGCGACGAUUCGAGAAACACGGGGGUCAUGGUCAAUGCUGAUGGUGAUUUUGUCAUUGCAAAACCAGACAAAGCAUCUUGGGAAUUGUAUCAAGAAAAGGCUAAGGCAUCUGCGGCAGCGGCAGCUGAAGCUGCGGCGGCGGAGGAGAGCAAGGUGUUGCAGGCUCGAGGGCUGGAAUGCCCCAUUGAUAAGAGAAUGUUCUUAGAGCCAACGAAGACUCCAUGUUGUCAAAGGACUUAUUGCAAUGAUUGUAUCUCCAAUGCCUUGAUUGAAAGUGAUUUUGUCUGUCCGGGGUGCUCUACUGAAGGAGUUUUGCUGGAUAAUCUCACCCCAGAUGAUGACGCAGUUUCCAAAAUCAAAGCCUACGAGGCCGAAAAAGCAGAGGCCAAGAAAGAGAAAGAAAAGCAAGGAUCCAAUCCAGAAGAAUCCGCCGCCCGGGAGGCUUCCGAGCAAGAUCAUCCGAAGAGCUCGAAAUCCAAGGAGCAAUCCCCGCCUCAGUCUUUGGAGACCGACGACAGACCCUCACAAUUUAAGAAGAGGCCCGCUGAGAGUGAGCGGGACGCCUCUGAAUCAAGCCCUGAUACGGACGCAGCAGCAAAGAAACAAAAGACCGAUGGCAGUUCAGAUCCAUCUAGUCAACCCCAUUACAAACCCAAGGAUACUCUUAGUGGCAAUGCGCAAAUGCCGAUGAACACCCAGCCGCCGUUUGGGGGUUUUAAUGGGAUGCCUCCCCCUUUUCCUGAUACUGGGUUUGGAAACGAUACAAUGGGGUUCAUGAACCCUAUGGCUAUGCCCGGAGGAUUCCCCAACCCGAUGGGCCCAGGUUGGAACCCGAUGAACAUGCCAUUCAAUCCCAUGCAACCUGGUAUGUUCGGUGACCAGUCUAAUGGGUUCCCUAGCAUGUUCAACGGCGACCCUUCAAUGAACAUGUUCCCAAUGGCACAAAUGGCAGUCUCUAUGCAAAACCCGGGAUUUCAAGGUCCAAGUGUCGGUCAUUUCUCGAACCAGCAGCGCACAGCAUUCAGUGGGCCAUAUUCGCGAGAAGAGGACUCGCCGUACUUUCGUCAACCCGUGAAUCCGCAGCGUCAUCAGGCUAGACAUCGAAGGGUCAGACCGAGUGACUAUCGAGAGUUAUGA